AUGAUGAAUAAAUUCAAAAAUGCGGUGCUUCCAUUGAUGAAGCUUCAAUUCCAACAUCGUGGCAUAGCGAAAGUUCGCUUAAAAUGGGUGAAAAACCGAAGCAUCGACCACAUCAUCGACAAAGAAACCGAUCUCAAAGCCGCUUCACUUCUCAAAGACGCAAUCAAACGUUCCUCCACCGGUUUCCUCACCGCCAAAACCUUCGCCGAUUGGCAAAAGCUUCUCGGCCUAACCGUCCCCGUUCUCCGAUUCAUGCGCAGGUAUCCAACUCUCUUUCACGAGUUCCCUCACCCUCGCUGGAACUCUCUUCCUUGUUUCCGUUUAACCGAAACCGCGCAGCUUUUAGAUUCUCAAGAACAGAAUAUUUACACCGUUCACGAAAACGACACCGUUGAGAGACUCUCUAGGUUACUCAUGAUGACGAAAACUCGUACUGUUCCUCUUCAGUCUCUUUAUCCUCUCAAAUUUGAUUUAGGUUUCCCUGAUUCGUUUGAGAAAACCCUAAUUCCGAAAUAUCCUGAGAGAUUUCAGUUUGUUAAGGCUUCUAAUGGUGUUUCCGCCGUUCGUCUCGCGCAGUGGUGCGAUGAAUUUGCGGUUUCGGCUUUGCAGAAGAGUAAUGAGUGUGAGAGUGAUCAGUAUAGGGAGUUUAAGAGAGGGAAAACGGCGUUGGUUUUUCCGAUGAGGUUUCCGAGAGGUUACGGUGGGCAGAAGAAGGUUAGGUUUUGGAUGGAUGAGUUUCAGAAAUUGCCUUAUAUUUCGCCAUAUGCUGAUUCUUCUAAGAUUGAUCCUAAAAGUGAUUUGAUGGAGAAGCGCGUUGUUGGGGUUUUGCAUGAGAUUUUGAGUUUGUGUUUGCAUAAGAAGACUAAGAGGAACUACUUGAGAAGUUUGAGGGAGGAGUUGAAUCUUCCUCAUAAGUUUACUAGGAUUUUUACUAGGUAUCCUGGGAUAUUUUAUCUUUCGUUGAAGUGUAAAACAACCACUGUUACUCUUAGAGAAGGGUAUGCGAGGGGAAAAUUGGUGGAUCCGCAUCCACUUGCUCGCCAUAGAGAUAAGUUUUACCACGUGAUGAGGACGGGGCUUCUUUAUCGUGGUGAUGGUUCCUUGAAAGCUGGGGAAGAUGCUUUGAUGGUUGAUUCUAUGGAGAAUGAUGAAAUUGGAGACGGGGAUUCUGAGGAGGAAGAGGUUGAAACAAGCGAUGAAUUCUGCGAGGAUGAAGUUUCGGACUCGGAUGAUAGUAGUAGUGAGUAA